CCAGUCACGUGACGAAAAGAGGACACUUGGCUCAGAUCAGCACCAACCAUGAUGGAUGCGUCGGAUAGCGCAGACAUGCUGGAAGAUGAAAAAACGCGGACUCAGUCGGUGGAUUUGAACACAGACACAUCCCUGGUGGUGGAUAUUUCAGACGCACUAAGUGAAAGAGAGCGUGUUAAGUUUACAGUUCAUACGAAGACCACGCUGCCUGUUUUCAAGGAGAGUGACUUUUCCGUGGUCAGGGAACACGAAGAGUUUGUUUGGUUGCAUGACCGAUACGUCGAAAAUGAGGAAUAUGCGGGAAUCAUUAUUCCCCCAGCUCCUCCUAAACCAGAUUUUGAUGUUUCUCGUGAAAAGCUGCAGAAACUUGGAGAAGGUGAAAAUACUAUGACAAAGGAGGAGUUUCAAAAAAUGAAACAAGAACUUGAAGCAGAGUAUCUUGCCACUUUCAAGAAAACUGUAGCCAUGCACGAAGUAUUCCUGACUCGCUUAGCUGCUCAUCCUACUCUGAGAAAAGACAGCAACUUUAAUGUGUUUCUGGAAUUUAAAGGAGAGCUAAAUGUAAGAGGCAAAAACAAAAAGGAAAAACUUGGAGGACUCUUCAAAGGUCUGGCCAAAGGCGUUGAUGAAGUACUUUUGUCAUCACAAAAGGAUGUAGAUGAGUUUUUUGAGGGUGAGAAGAAAUUUUUAGUGGAAUAUAACAUGAAGUUAAAGGAUUCUACUCGUCAAGCAGACCGUAUGACAAAAACUCACAAGAAUGUGGCUGACUCCUUCAUAAGGAUUUCUAGCUGUAUUUCCCAGAUGGGAACCAGUGAAUACAUGGAAAUAGAUCGCUUUCUGAACAAGGUGUCUGAAUACUUUGAAAAAGCUCGCAAGUUGGAAGGCCGUGUUGCUUCUGACCAAGAUCUUAAAACAUCUGACUUGCUCAGAUAUUACGUGCGAGAUACAGAUGCUGCCAAGAACUUGCUUUACCGCAGGGCAAGAUGUUUAGCUGAUUAUGAAAAUGCUAACAAAGCCUUGGACAAAGCAAGGGUGAAGGGUAAAGAAAUCGCUGCUGCUGAAACUGCCCAACAAACUGCAAGUGAAAAAUUUGAACACAUUUCAGAAGUAGCCAAGCAAGAACUGACAGACUUCAAGACAAGAAGGGUUCAACAAUUCAGAAAGAAUAUGACUGAACGAGCAGAACUGGAACUCAAACAUGCUAAGGCCCAUAUGAAUCUCCUGAAGACAACAUUAGCACAACUAAAGGAAUUGUAGUCAAGUGCAGUCCAACGUCGAGAUAAUUCUAGGAACACUGUGAUAAUUUCUUUUUGUACUGAUAUAGAUUUGUGUCAAACUUCAAUUAGACUCUUCCUUUCUCUUAGACUGAGAAGUAUAGUUUUGAACAAGUAGCAAACGUCCAAGAUAAAUGUAAUUUUAAAAGUUUAGUAAUAGUCAAUGAAUAUGUUUAAGUUUCCCUCAGUUUUAUUAAUUUCCUGUUAAUUUCUUGAACUGUUGCAGUUAAGGGCCCUGUCAUAUAAUACAGCGGUCAAACAUCGGGCAUGCGCGAAGGGAUCAUUUUUGGCCGCUUCAAUUUCCGCACCAAUUUCCCGCACAAAAUUUUCUAAAGAAAACAAACAGCUGCUUUCUCGAAAAUUAAGCGAAAGAAAAUUGAAGUGUUCAUAGAAAUCUGUAAAAGGAAUCAAAAGUAGGAAAAAAAACUCGAGACUUCACGAACACAAAGCUUAUUCAAGUUCGGGUAUCCUGUUAAUUUUACCAGUCUUUUUUUUAGCUUUACCAAAAAUGUUAUACGCUUUUAAAACACCGUGGCUUACUGGCUUGUGUGGUUAUUUGUAAUUCGUGUGAGAGAACAUAGUUUUGACAGCCUGACAGCACGCCGCCUAGUCAUUACAACGUUCGCACAGUGCAGACGUGUGACCGCUGUGUUCUCUCAUAUACACCCUCUCACAAGGCUGGUUAGUGACACAAACUUUGUCCAUUUGGGGAAUUUUAACCCGGUGGCCGAAAAAAGGGUAAUUCUUUCCAACCCAUCUUGCCAUACUUAGUUCGUCAAGUUGAACCUUUUUUUCCCUUUUGGUUCACGCGCUUUUUAAGGAAAGAGAAAUUGAAUGACUUGCAGGCUAGGGAGAUUUUAUCUUAGCUAUCAAAACUGCUAGCUGUUGGCUCAAACUAACGAGUUUUAUCGGCCAGCUAAGCUUGAAUUUUCACACGAGAAAAUUUGUGGCGCAGUCACAGGGUGCUAGUCUAUCAGAAAGCAAUUUUGAAGGCGGUCACUCAGCGCUAUCCCAUUUAUUUAAGGCUGUCAUUAUAGGACAUCAGAAAGGGCUGGAAGGUUAUUGCUUGUUUUGGGUUAAACUGACCUACCAGUCACGAAUUACCUUUGAUUAUAAAAAGACAGUGUUGCUUCUA